CGUGGAGACUUGCUUCCCUCCGGGCCAAUGGGAAGGGCCCAGGGAGGCGGGAUAGCAACCUGAACUUUUUAUCUGGACAUGUGACCGGCUUUUAAAAGGGCCGGCCCUGGAGCUGGCCCACUCCCCCUCCGGGCUUUCGCCCGCCCUCUCGAGCUCUCUCCCUCCCCACUUCGCCCGCCCUGGCCCUACCCGUGCCCCCUUCUCUCCGCCCCUCCGCGCCCGGGGUGUCAUUGGACUGGGAAGACGUAAGCCAACUUCAGGCCGCUCGGAGGAAACGCGUGCAGUCACCUGGGUGCAAGAGCGUUGCUGCCUCGGACUCUCCCGCUGCAGGGAGAGCGGCACUCGCUGGCCUGGAUGUGGUUGGAUUUAGGGGGGCUCCGCAGCCGGAGUGUCGUGGCGUUGGCAAGCGCUGCAACAGGUAGACGCCGUGAGACGGACCCCGGCCGAGGCAGCUAUGGAAACCAAAGGCUACCACAGUCUCCCUGAAGGUCUAGAUAUGGAAAGACGGUGGGGUCAAGCUUCUCAGCCUGCGGAGCGUUCUUCCUCGGGACCUACGGAGCGGACCGAUGAGAAUAAGUACAUGGAGGUCGUCAACAUAAGCUGUGUUUCCGGUGCUAUUCCAAACAACAGUACUCAAGGAAGCAGCAAAGAAAAACAGGAACUUCUCCCUUGCCUUCAGCAAGACAAUAAUCGGUCUGGGAUUUUACCAUCUGUUAUUAAAACCGAGCUGGAAUCUAAGGAACUUUCGGCAACCGUGGCAGAGUCCAUGGGCUUAUACAUGGAUUCCGUAAGAGAGGCCGACUACGCCUAUGACCAGCAGAACCCACAAGGAAGCGCGAGUGCAGCAAAGAUCUAUCCACACGUCGAACAGAUGGUGAAAUUUUAUAAAGAAAACGGCCACCGUCCCUCCACUCUGGGGAGUGUGAGCAGGCCCUUGAGGUCCUUCAUGUCUGACUCGGGGAGCUCCGAGAACGGCGGGGUCAUGCGCGCCAUGGUGAAGAGCCCCAUCCUGGGUCACGAGAAGAGCCCCUCUGUUUGCAGCCCUCUGAAUAUGUCAUCUUCGGGUUGCAGCCCUGCCGGCAUCAGCUGUGUGUCCUCCACCUCGGCUAGCUUUGGCAGUUUCACAGUGCACAGCCCCAUCGCCCAGGGCACUCCUCUGCCGUGCUCCCCUAAUGUGGAGAAUCGGGGUUCCAGGUCACACAGCCCAGCCCACGCCAGCAACGUGGGCUCUCCUCUCUCCAGUCCGUUGAGUAGCAUGAAAUCCCCCAUUUCCAGCCCCCCGAGUCACUGCAGUGUAAAAUCUCCAGUCUCCAGUCCUAAUAACGUCAUUCUGCGAUCCUGUGUAUCCAGCCCGGCAAAUAUCAACAACUCAAGGUGCUCUGUUUCCAGCCCUUCCAACACAAAUAACAGAUCCACACUGUCCAGCCCAACUGCUAGUACCGUGGGGUCUAUCUGUAGCCCCGGAAGCAACGCCUUCAGCUACACUGCUUCGGGCACCCCGGCUGGAUCCAGUGCAGCCCGGGAUGCGGUUCCUAGUCCAGACACGCACGAGAAAGGUGCUCAAGAGCUUCCCUUUCCUAAGACUGAGGAGGCAGAGAGUGCAGUCUCCAAUGGUGUGACUGGCCAGCUUAACAUCAUCCAGUACAUAAAGCCGGAGCCAGAUGGAGCUUUUAGCAGCUCGUGUCUGGGAGGAAAUAGCAAAAUAAAUUCGGAUUCCCCAUUCUCAGUACCAAUAAAACAAGAAUCAACCAAGCAUUCGUGUUCGGGCACCUCUUUUAAAGGGAAUCCAGCCGUCAACCCCUUUCCAUUCAUGGAUGGCUCAUAUUUUUCCUUUAUGGAUGAUAAAGACUAUUAUUCUCUAUCAGGAAUUUUAGGACCACCUGUGCCCGGCUUCGAUGGUAACUGUGAAGGCGGUGGCUUCCCAAUGGGGAUAAAACAAGAACCGGAUGAUGGGAGCUAUUACCCGGAGGCCAGCAUCCCUUCAUCUGCCAUUGUUGGUGUGAAUUCAGGUGGACAGUCCUUUCACUACAGGAUUGGUGCUCAAGGUACAAUAUCUUUAUCGCGAUCAGCUAGAGACCAAUCUUUCCAACACUUGAGCUCCUUUCCUCCCGUCAAUACUUUAGUGGAGUCGUGGAAAUCACACGGUGACCUGUCAUCUAGAAGUGAUGGAUAUCCGGUCCUAGAGUACAUUCCAGAAAAUGUAUCAAGCUCUACUUUACGAAGUGUUUCCACUGGAUCCUCAAGACCUUCCAAAAUAUGUUUGGUGUGUGGGGAUGAGGCUUCAGGAUGUCACUAUGGUGUAGUGACCUGUGGCAGCUGCAAAGUGUUCUUCAAAAGAGCAGUGGAAGGUAAAUGUUCAUGGCAACACAACUAUUUAUGUGCUGGAAGAAAUGAUUGCAUAAUUGAUAAGAUUCGACGGAAGAACUGUCCUGCCUGCAGACUUCAGAAGUGUCUUCAAGCUGGAAUGAAUUUAGGAGCUCGGAAGUCCAAGAAGUUGGGGAAGUUAAAAGGGAUUCACGAGGAACAGUCACAGCAGCCUCCACCUCCCCCACCCCAGAGCCCAGAGGAAGGAACUACAUACAUUGCUCCCGCGCAAGAGCCCUCCGUCAACUCAGCGCUGGUUCCUCAACUCUCCACAAUUUCCCGAGCGCUCACACCUUCCCCUUCCAUGGUCCUUGAAACCAUCGAACCCGAGAUUGUGUAUGCAGGCUAUGACAACUCCAAACCAGAUACAGCCGAAAAUCUGCUCUCCACCCUAAACCGCUUAGCAGGCAAACAGAUGAUCCAAGUCGUGAAGUGGGCGAAGGUAAUUCCAGGAUUUAAAAACCUGCCUCUCGAGGACCAAAUUACCCUCAUCCAGUAUUCUUGGAUGUGUCUGUCAUCAUUUGCCUUGAGCUGGAGAUCGUACAAACAUACAAACAGCCAAUUUCUCUAUUUUGCACCAGACCUAGUCUUUAAUGAAGAGAAGAUGCACCAGUCUGCCAUGUAUGAGCUUUGCCAGGGGAUGCACCAGAUCAGCCUUCAGUUUGUCCGGCUGCAGCUCACCUUUGAGGAAUACACCGUAAUGAAAGUGUUGCUGCUUCUGAGCACAAUUCCAAAGGAUGGCCUCAAAAGCCAGGCUGCGUUUGAAGAAAUGAGGACAAAUUACAUCAAAGAACUGAGGAAGAUGGUAACGAAGUGUCCCAACAAUUCCGGGCAGAGCUGGCAGAGGUUCUACCAACUGACCAAGCUUCUGGACUCCAUGCAUGAUCUGGUGAGCGACUUGCUGGAAUUUUGCUUCUAUACCUUCCGGGAGUCCCAGGCCCUGAAAGUGGAGUUCCCAGCGAUGCUGGUGGAGAUCAUCAGCGACCAGCUGCCGAAGGUGGAAUCCGGGAACGCUAAGACCCUUUACUUUCACAGGAAGUGACGGGAGACAUCUCACCAGAAGAACUUUGCCUUAAGUUUCUCCGUGUUACUACACACCCACGAAGGACCCAAGAAAAUCAUAUUUUUGACACGUGAUGGUUGAUUCCUUGUUCAGCAGUUGCUCAAGUUGAAAAUCAUGUCAAGGGUUGGGAGGCAGGAGGGCAGGGUGACGUGGAUUUGGCGAGACCUGCACAGUCUGAAAGGUUCUUCCCUCUCCAACCCCCAGCACUUAGAAACACGUUCCUGUUCCUCUGGAUGAAAAGCCAUAUCUAGUCAAUAACUCUCUGAUUUUGAUAUUUUAACAGAUGGAAGUUUUAACUAUGCCAUGUAGUUUCUGGGAUCGUUCGCUUGUUUUAAAAGGGUUCAAGGACUAACGAACUUUUUCAAGCUCACCCUUGGUUUGCACAUAAAGCGUAUAGUCAAUAUGGGGCAUUAAUAUUCUUUCGUUAUUUAAAAAAAACAAAAACACAAAAAAAUAUAUACAGAUUCCUGUUGUGUAAUAACGGGGCACGUGGAGUGGACUAGCGACCCCCUGGGGGCACCGCUUCGCCCACGUCUUUCUGCAUCACUGGUAUCCACACCCUCUAGCCUCCAUUUAUUAUUUAAUUAGAACGGAUAAGAUGUUCAAACAAAUGCCUUGGUUUCAAUUUCUAGUAUCUAUUGUGUUGGCUUUACCAAUAAUUUUUGCAGUCUUUUGCUGUGCUGUACAUUACUGUAUGUAUAAAUUGUGAAGGACCUAAAAUAAGGUAUAAGGAACUUUUGUAAA